GCGCCGUCGUCUCUUCCGGCGCUGCCUCCGCGCGGCCGGGGUUCUUUCCACUUGGGUGGUUUCUGGCUUAAGACGGCUUCGGUGAGGCCAGGUGGAGGGGAGCAGCCGGUGGUGAAAGUACGAGUUUGGUCCGGGCCGCCGAGGGGGCUUCGUAGAGAGGGCUGGCCCACUCCGCUCGCGUCCGCCGGGGCCGCGGGUCCUCCCGGGGCGGCCAGGGCCGAGACGCCACUCGGGCCCUCGUCCCCGCCGGGAGUGCGUCGGGAUAUGUCGUAAGGGCGAUUCCGUAGAGUUCUUUCAAACCCGGUAAUUGCCUCUUCUAAAGCCUCCAAAGCAAUCGUUGUGUUUUUUUCCCCCCCCAGAAAUAAAAAAUUUCCCCACUUCAAAGCGCGUUGACCCCAGCCCUGCGUCCUCCCGCCUCACGGACCUGGCGAUUGCGGCGCUUUCGGGUCUCCACUAACCCUGUAUAAGGAGGAAUUGAGAUGGCCACUGGCCACGUAGAUUCAUAAGCUGCUCAGAAGUGAUCUUGUCCUCGAGGGAAGUGUUCAGGCAGAUUUCACCAUCAGCCUCAGAGGAUGGCAACCAUUGAUUUGUCCCAUGGACCUGGUAACCUUUGAGGAUGUGGCUCUGGACUUCAGUGAGGAGGAAUGGACUUUACUGGACACAACUCAGAGAAACCUAUACAGAGAUGUGAUGCUGGAGAACUACCAGAACCUGGUCACAGUAGGAUGUCAGAACAUCAAACCCAGUCUGAUCUCUUGGUUGGAACAAGAAGAGUUGAGGACAGUUCAGAGAGGAGCUCUCCAAGAAUGGAAAGUGCAACUUGAAACCAAAGGGUCAGCACUUCAGCAGGAUUUUUUGAGAGGACAAACCUCCAGUGGGAUGCAAACGGCAAGAAGCCACAAUGGAGAACAUUAUGAUUGUGUGUACUAUGGAGAAGUCUUCAGUGAAGACUCGUGCCUUAAGACUCAUGGGAGAAAUCAAAAUACUGAAAACACUUCUGAGUGUUAUCAGAAUGGAAUAGACUUCCUUACUCUGCACAAGGAGACCUCUACUGGAGAGAAACUUUCUGUGUUGAAUGAGUAUGGAAAAGCCUUUAGUCUGACUCCAAAUGUUGUUUACCAGAGUGUGUGCACGAAAGACAAAUCCUUUGAAUGCAAUGACUGUGGGAAAGCCUUCGUUAAUCAGUCACACCUGCAGGCACAUAUGAGAACUCACAGUGGAGACACACUUCAUGAAUGGAAGGAAUAUGGAAGAGAUUUUAUUCACUCCACAAGCCUUGCUGUGAAUAUACAAACUCGCAGUGCAGAAAAACCCUACACAUGCAAGGAAUGUGGGAAAGGCUUUAGAUAUUCUGCAUACCUUAAUAUUCACAUGGGAACUCACACUGGCGACAACCCCUAUGAAUGUAAGGAGUGUGGGAAAUCAUUCACUAGGUCUUGUCAACUUACUCAGCACAGAAAAUCUCACACUGGAGAGAAACCUUACAAGUGUAAGGAAUGUGGGAAAGCCUUCACAGUUUCCUCCUGCUUAAGUCAACAUGUGAAAAUUCACACUGGAGAGAAACCCUAUGAAUGUAAGGAAUGUGGAGCAGUCUUCAUUAGGUCUUCUCAGCUUACUGAACAUAUAAAAACUCACACUUUGGAGAACCCCUUUGAAUGUAAGGUGUGUGGAAAAUCCUUCAGAAAUUCCUCAUACCUUAAUGAUCACUAUCGAAUUCACACUGGACUAAAACCCUAUAAAUGUAAGGACUGUGGGAAAGCCUUCAUUCAGAACUCAGACCUUACUAAGCAUGUACGAACUCACAGUGGAGAGAAACCCUAUGAAUGUAAGGACUGUGGAAAAGCCUUUGCCAGGUCGUCUCGCCUUAAUGAACAUAUAAGAACUCACACCGGAGAGAAGCCUUUUCAGUGUGUCAAAUGUGGGAAAGCGUUCGCUAUUUCUUCAAAUCUUAGUGGACAUUUGAGAAUUCACACUGGAGAGAAGCCGUUUGAGUGCACUGAAUGUGGGAAAGCAUUUACGCAUUCCUCCAGUCUGAAUAAUCACAUGCGGACUCACAGUGCCAAAAAACCAUACACAUGUAUGGAGUGUGGGAAAGCCUUUAAGUUUCCCACAUGUAUUAAUCUUCACAUGCGAAUCCACACUGGAGAAAAACCCUAUGAAUGUAAACAGUGUGGGAAAUCUUUCAGUUACUCCAAUUCAUUUCAGUUACAUGAAAGGACUCACACUGGAGAAAAACCCUAUGAAUGUAGAGAGUGUGGUAAAACCUUUAGUUCUUCCAGUUCCUUUCGAAAUCAUGAAAGAAGGCAUGCAGACAAACUAUCAAUGUAAGGAGUAUUAGGAAGCCUAAAGGUGUUCUCGUUCACUUCGAAGACAUGAAGAACUCAGUGGGGAGAAACCCUUUGAAUAUAAGGAAUGUGGAAGCAUCUUCACUAAUCUCUUUGGUCUUAACGUAAGGAUUUGCAAUGGAGAAGACCCUAUUGAAGCAUGGAAUGUGGAAAAGACUUCAUUAAAUCCUCAAGAUUUACCUUACAUAUAAGAAAUCUCACUGGAGAGAAACCCUAUGAAUGUAGAGAAUCUGGGAAAACCUUUCCUAAUUCCACAAGCCUUAAUAUGAAUAUGUGAACUCACAUUGGAGAGAACCCUAUGAUUUAAAUGGUGUGGUCUGGAUGAUGCCCCCCAAAAUUCAUAUUUUGAUGCCCUAAUCCCUGGCUCCUCACAAGGUAUGGACAUAAGGUUUUUAAACAGGUAAUUAACUUAAAAUGAGGCUGUUAGGGUCAGUUUGUAAUUUAACAUCACUGGUGUCCCUAUAAGAGAAAGUAGAAGGAAGGACGUGUGCACACACGUGCACACACAGGGAGAAGAUCAUGUGAAAUCACCAGAAGAUGGCCAUCUGCAAGCCAAGGACAGAGGCCUGGAACAAAUCCUUCUAUUACGGCCUCCAGAGGAAACCAACCCUGCCCCACCUUGAUAUUGGACUUCCAGCCUCCAGAGCGAAAAACCAAUAAAUUUUCCUUGUUUAAGUCA